GCCUUCAGAGCUGCUUGAACGUUUGCAGCGCCGCCUCAACUCAUAUCACACCCGACCUUCACCCUCCUCUCUCCCCCUACGCGGCAAGCGGUGAAUUAACGGCCGAGCAAAGAGUAGCGGGUGCACCACUCUUCACCUUUGCUGCUCAACCUCCGCGCUCACCGACCUCUCGCCACGUCAAACGCCCUCGCUUCUCCGCCUCCACCGCCGCCUCGUUACGAUAAGCACUCCAACGCCAGCACAUCGUCACAAACGUGUCGACACCGGAGUGACCGCUGCAUGAGGCGCUUCUAGCCACCUUCUCAGCGGUCGGCGCGUCUUCUCACCUCUCUCACUCCCGCAGACCAGCCGUCUGCGAGACCCCGACAUCUCUUUUUCCUCCCAACAACCGCCAACAUGUCGAUGACCAUCGAGGAGUUGGACGCCACCGUGCGUGCCUUCUAUGAAGGUCGCGGUGAGCAACAGAAACAAGCGCAGGCGACUCUCAACCAGUUCAAGGAGAAUCCGGAUGCGUGGGUCAUGGUCGACAAGAUAUUGCAAGACGCUCAAUACCCUCAGACCAAAUACCUGGGCCUGCAGGUGCUCGACAGCGUCAUCAUGACUCGCUGGAAGGUGCUGCCUCGCGAUCAGUGCCAGGGUAUUCGCAACUUCGUCGUCAACUUCAUCAUUCAAAUGAGCAGUACAGAAGAAAAUCUGCGGAAAGAGAGGGCUCUGCUCAACAAACUGAACCUCGUCCUCGUGAGCAUUCUCAAGCAGGAAUGGCCGCACAACUGGCCCACGUUCAUCAACGAGAUCAUCUCCAGCUGUCGGAGCAGCUUGCCCAUCUGCGAGAACAACAUGGCCAUCCUCCGUCUGCUCUCCGAGGAAGUCUUUGACUACUCUGCCGACCAGAUGACUUCCACAAAAACGAGACAGCUCAAGCAGAGUAUGUGUGACGAGUUCACGAGCAUAUACAAUCUCUGCUCCGAAAUCCUGCGCACCGCCGACCAGACAAGUCUUAUCAAAGAGACACUGGAGACAUUACUUCGCUUCUUGAACUGGAUCCCGCUCGGCUACAUCUUUGAGACGCCGCCGACGGGCAUGUCACUCAUCGAGACCCUCCGAAGUCGCUUCCUCGCGGCACCGGAAUUCCGCAACAUCACCCUCAAAUGCUUGACGGAAAUCGGCAGCUUGCAGACCGAGCAGAAUUGGCACGACAAGCUGGUACAAAUGUUCACCGAGACCUUGACGACUGUCGCCGAUAUCAUCCCCCUCACCAUCGACCUCAAGACCACCUACGCCUCAUCGAACGGCAGAGACCAAGAGUUUGUGCUCAAUCUCGCCCUCUUCCUCUGCACCUUCUUCAGCAAUCAUCUCAACAUCAUCGAGAAUUUGCCGAAUAAGGACUUUCUCAUCCACGGCCACUACUACCUCAUCCGCAUCAGCCAGAUUGACGAUCGGGAAAUCUUCAAGAUCUGCUUGGAGUACUGGACGAAGCUGGUAACUGGCAUGUACGACGAGAUGCAGCAGUUGCCCAUCACCGACAUCAACCCUCUCGUCAGCUUGGGCGUGAGUGGGCUGCAGAAUGGCGGUGCCCCCAACCCUGACAUCCUGGCCACGUACCCACUGAGGAAGCAUAAAUACAAGGAUGUGCUCUCGAAUUUGCGCCAGGUCAUGAUUGAGAAGAUGGUCCGUCCCGAAGAAGUUCUCAUUGUGGAAAACGACGAGGGCGAGAUUGUGCGGGAGUUUGUCAAAGAGUCAGACACCAUCCAACUCUACAAGACCACGAGAGAGUGUCUGGUUUUCCUUACCCACCUGGAUGUCGUGGACACGGAACAGAUAAUGUCUGAGAAACUGGCACGGCAAGUGGACGGCUCGGAGUGGAGCUGGGCGAACUGCAACACGCUCUGCUGGGCCAUUGGAUCCAUUUCGGGUGCCAUGAACGAGGAGACGGAGAAGCGCUUCCUCGUUACCGUCAUCAAAGACCUCCUGGGUCUCACGGAGAUGAAGCGUGGCAAGGACAACAAGGCUGUGGUGGCAUCUAACAUCAUGUACAUCGUCGGCCAGUACCCGCGGUUCCUCAAAGCGCACUGGAAAUUCCUCAAGACCGUCGUCAACAAGCUGUUCGAGUUCAUGCACGAAACGCACGAGGGUGUUCAGGACAUGGCGUGCGACACCUUCAUCAAGAUUGCGAACAAGUGCAAGCGGCAUUUCGUUAUCGAGCAGCCGGGAGAGAGCGAGCCUUUCAUUGACGAGAUUGUGCGCACGAUGCGAAAGAUCACCUGCGAUCUUACCCCUCAGCAGAUUCACACGUUCUACGAGGCCUGCGGCUACAUGAUCAGCGCACAGGGCCACAAGAACACGCAGGAGAGGCUGAUUGCCGAUCUGAUGAGUCUGCCUAAUUCUGCCUGGGACCAAAUCAUCCAAUCCGCGCAUCAAGACCCCAACAUCCUCCAAAACGCCGAGACCAUCAAAGUCAUCGGAAACAUCAUGAAGACCAAUGUAGCGGCAUGCAGCAGUGUCGGCCCCUACUUCUACCCUCAAAUCGGCAGGAUCUACCACGACAUGCUGACCAUGUACCGCGCCGCUUCAUCCCUCAUCGACGAGGCGGUGCAGCGGGAUGGCAACAUUGCGACCAAGAUGCCGAAAGUGCGCGGGCUGAGGACGAUCAAGAAGGAGAUUCUCAAGUUGAUCACUACCUACGUGGACAAGGCGGAGGAUCUGGAGAUGAUUCACCAGACGCUGGUGCCGCAGUUGCUCGAGGCGGUGUUGCUGGACUACAAGAGGAAUGUUCCGGAUGCGAGAGAAGCGGAGGUGUUGGCUGUCAUUACCGUCUUGAUUACCAAGUUGCAGGGCAUGAUGACCGAGCAAGUCCCGGCAAUCCUAGACGCCGUCUUCGAGUGCACCCUCGACAUGAUCAACAAAGACUUCUCCGAAUACCCCGAACACCGCGUGGAGUUCUUCAAGCUGCUCCGCGCCAUCAACCAACGCUGCUUCCCCGCCCUCCUCAAGCUCGACCAGCAUCACUUCAAGCUCGUCAUCGACUCGUGCAUGUGGGCCUCGAAGCACGACAACCGCGCGGUGGAGGGCGAAGGGCUGAACAUGUGCAUCGAGCUCAUCCAAAACAUGGCCGACACCGACCAGCAGACAUGCGACGCCUUCUUCCAAAACUUCUACACCACCAUCCUGCAAGACGUCUUCUUCGUCCUCACCGACUCUGACCACAAGGCGGGCUUCAAGUACCAGUCGAUGCUGCUCGCGCGCCUCUUCUGGCUCGUCGGCGCCGACAAAAUCCGCGGGCCCAUCUACUCCUCCGAGCAGGCCGCGGCGGGCACUUCGAACCGCGACUUUUUGCAGAACUUUGUCGCGCAGCUGCUCGGCAACGCCUUUCCCAACCUGCAGGCUGCACACAUCACUAGCUUCAUCCGCCAGCUGUUCGAAAGCACCGAGGACAAUCCCAAGUUCAAACUCAUCUUGCGCGACUUCCUCAUCUCGCUCAAAGAAUUCGCCGGCUCGGGGGAUAAUGCCGAACUGUACCAGGAGGAUCGCGAGAAGGCGGCGCAAGAGGCGAAGGAUGCGGAGAGGGAGCGCGCGAUGAAGGUCGGCGGGUUGCUGAAGCCGAGUGAGCUCGAUGACGAUGAGUUGUGACUGGAUGAGGAUGUGGAAUUGAGCGUGGGUGUGCGCGGGGGAGUCGUUGAGGAGGAUAUGGAGGGGUUUAGGGAGCUGGUUGCUUGAUGCGACUUACGCUUUCGCACAACCCAUACUCCAAGGAGUGUGGGUGAGACUUCACAACGUUCCCUCUCUCGGCAGCCGAGAAGGCGUAGACGAGUGGUGUUACCUCGUCAUCAUAAUAGAGAUAUCCCGGCUGCUGGUGGCUAGAGGUGGCAUAGCAUUGAUUACCAGCAGCCUGCUUUGAUUCUGCGUGGGAGUCACCGGACCGGGGAAGAAGCGGGCAAGCAGGGUGGGCGUGUUUGCAUAGCAGAUGGUAUGCUCUUUUUUGCUUGUGUUUUCGGCCAUUUGCUGCUCGAACGAGAGGGAAAAAGUUCAGAGAAUGGAUAUGAGAAGAAAGAUGAAACAUGGAU